AUGAAUAAAGAAAUAGUAUAUUUAUAAUAUGAGAUGGAUUGGUUGCUUGGUUGCUUGUUUAAUAGAUUGAUAGAAACUUAAAAAACUAUAAAUUUCUUUUUAAGUCAAUUCCUUCUUUUUUUCCAUUCGAUAAACAAAUAUCUUUUUUUUUUUGAGACAAUCAAAAAAAUAUAUAUAUUUUUGUUUGUUUGCUUUUUUAGAUUAUUUUUAGAUUUGCAUUUGUACGUAUUUUUAAUAUACAUUAAAAAAUAAAUUCUCUGGGAAAAGAUAUAUAAAGUAAAUUUAAUAAAUUAUUAUCAAAAACUAAAAAACAAAAAGCAAAAAACAAACCAAUUCUCUAAAAUGACUUUCUCUGCUACCGACCUCCCCACCCUCGAAAAGCACUUAGCUGCCCACACCUACCUUUCCGGUACUGAUAAGCCCGCUAAGAUUGAUGCUUAAAUUGCCACCGAACUCAAGGAUAAGAAGGUUGCCCUCAACGCCGCCACCCACCCCAACGUCUAUGCCUGGUUCAGCUUCAUCGGUUUAUUCACCCCCGAAGCUCAAAAUACCUGGGCUGAUGUUGCUCCCGUCGCCGUCCCCGUUGCUGCCAAGAAGGAAGCCAAGAAGGAAACCAAGACCGACGAUGUCGAUCUUUUCGGUGAUGAUGAUGAAGAAGAUGCUGAAGCUGAAGCUUUGAGAGAAAAGAAGAGACUCGAAGCCGUCGCUGCCAAGGAAGCUAGAGAUGGUAAGAAGAAGAAGGCUAUUGCCAAGACUAUCCUCGUCUUCAACGUCAAGGUCUUCGAAGCUGAAUAAGACUUAGACGCUUUGGCCAAGAAGAUCUACGAAACCAUCCAACUCGACGGUUUGGUCUGGAACAAGGAACACAAGAAGAUCCCCGUUGCCUUCGGUGUCUUCAUGCUCCAAAUGGGUUGCAUCAUUGAAGACGAUAAGGUCAACACCGACAGUAUCUUCGAACCCAUCCAAUCUUGGGAAGAUGAAGUCCAAUCCGUUGAUGUUGAAACCAUGCAAAAACUUUGA